AUAACGCCGGGUUGCAUCUAUCAGUUUGAUCGUAUCAUUUCCAUCUUUACCUUUCUCAAAUCAUCAAUCAAAAACCGUGUUUGACAAGGUGUAGAAAGAGACAAACAUAUUCAAACAAAUUUUGACAACGUGUAGAAAGAGACAAACGUAACAUAUUCAUACAAACGAUACAAACAUAUUUUAUAUUUUAUGCUUAUAAAGAACUGUUCUUGAGCAAAACAUAAGGUUUUUAAAAUGAAUUACUUAAAUCCCUUAGAAUUAAGUUGUGAAGUGAAGAAAGAAGCUAUUUCUUGCACUGAAGAACUAUGCCGACUUUGUGCUAAAAGUGUUACGUCGUAUUCAUCAAUUUUUCAGGACAAUCUGCAUGAAUACUUAACACUCAUCUUUGGAGUAUCGAUCCAGCAGAAUGACAACUGGCCAAAAUCGAUUUGUAACGUAUGCUUCGAAGUGGCUAAAAAUUAUGUAAAGUAUGUUCUGUCUGUCCGUAGAGCAGAGACAAGCCUCCGAAGUAUUUAUGGGGAGCUCUCAAAUCUGGAACCCGGUAUAUCUUUUAUUAAUGUUCAGGAGAUACUUAAUCCAGAAGAUACCAGAGAUCAUGCCAGUGAAGGCAGUGAUUACAAUGAGAAUGAAGAUGAGAACGAUAUUAAAGUUUUUCCGCCUGGGAGUGAAAAUUCAUUUGAUACUUUGGAAGAUUCUAAAAUUCCCAACAAAAUAACAUUAAAUGAAAGACAGUUCCUAGAGGAGUCAUCAAAGGAUAACAAGCCUUCUUUUAUGGAAGAAUAUGAUGGUCAAACAUCGGAGGAAACAGAGGAUCUUCCUACACUUAAUCGACGUACAUCCUCCACCGAUAAAUCAACAGACGAGGAUGAGAGGAUAAGAAAAUUCUUCAAACUGGAGUGUUCUGUCUGUUCGAAUCCUUUCGAAACGUACAAUGAGUUAAAAUCUCAUGCCAUAAAGAUUCAUAAGGAUCAAAAAUUGGCUUUUAUAAUAUGCUGCAAGAAAAAGUUGGACAAUCGCACGAAAAUUGUAAACCAUCUUAAUCAUCAUGCUAAAGUUGAUGCUUACAAUUUCCCAAAACCGGAGUGGAUCGUUAUCGAUAAUAAUUUAACGAAACCAUCGAAGCCUUUGGAGAUGUCGGUUUGUACUGACAAAGUUAAGCAGUCUCCUCUCAAAAUCAAAAUGGACAGAACAUCAAAAAUGAACUACGUACAGAGAAAAAUUUUGUCAGAGUUUAUGUAUGCGCACCGGGGUCUGGCCAGAAACCUGACGGACUCAACGCAGGGGAAGAAGCAUCACAAGGAAUUGUGGAUCCAACUGACUGAGAAGCUGAAUGCUGCAGGACCACCCACAAGGCCUGAACUUGUGUGGCGGAAGUGCUGGACGGAUAGGAAGCAGAAGGUGAAGAAUAUCCUAACCAAAAAUAAAAAAGACACGGAAAGAACAGAGGGAGGACCAUCUGAUCCAAUUCCUCUCGAUGAACUCGAUUUAUUGGUAGUGAAAGCUGCAGGUUUAGAUCCGUCCGAGGAAUUCAGGAGCCAUCUUCUGAUGGAAGAAUAUGAAUGGAACUAGUCACUAAAUCACGAGUUCGAACAUUCCGCAAAGCAUUCUACGUGGGAUUGAGGCACUACCACUGACGAUCAUUUUUUCAGAGGACAAGUAUCCCUAUAGUACCUAUGAAUUCAUACAGGUUUCGUCUUCUGAAGUCUAAUUAAAAAAAAAUCACAGUGUUCGGUGCUACCCCAUGAUCAAUAGUGCCCCAUUUUCUCCUAUAAUGAUUGCAGUUUCUAGUCUCAAGAGGUUUUUACUUUAAAAAAUUAAAACUAGUAGCCCAAAAUCGUCCUUAGAGGCUUGAAUUCUCUAUGAUCUAAUUCUAAUCAUUAUGAAUACAUUUUUAUUAUAAAUAAAUAAUAAAGAAAAGCAAUUUAAUU